AUGGGUUUUAGGUUUGUGAGGGAGAUGAACCUGGCCAUGUUGGGGAAACAAGGGUGGAAGUUGUUCUCGGAUCCAAAUGCCUUGGUAACAAGGAUAUUCAAAGCUCGGUAUUUUCCUACUUGUUCAUUUUUGGAUGCGGGUUUAGGAUCAAACCCUUCGUUUGUAUGGACUAGCAUAAGGAAUUCUCAAUCUUUGAUUAGGAGGGGAGCUCGGGUGUGUGUGGGGGAUGGGUCUACGACUCGGGUGUGGGGGGUUCCUUGGCUUCCGGAUACUCAGAAUCCUUAUGUGACCACUCCUGAACCUACUUAUUUAACUAAUCCUUGUGUUCAUUCUUUGUUUGUUCCUAAUACUUUGUCUUGGGAUGGAGAGUUAGUCCGGGACAUCUUUAACACCAGGGAUGCAAAUCUUAUUAUGAGUUUACCAACUUCAAAUAGGCCGGUUCGGGAUGUUUGGUAUUGGGGUGAGGAUAUGUCGGGAGAUUAUUCUGUAAAGAGUGCAUAUAGAGUUGUGAGUCAGGGGUUGAGUGAUGAAAGGGCAGUUGCGUGUGAUGUUGUUUGUCCCUUGUGUGGGGUAGAGCCAGAAACUAUUGUUCAUCUCUUUGCGAACUGUCAUUUUAUUCAUAAAUGUUGGAGCGAGUUGAAUAGGUGUUGGCGUAUGGACUAUGUUGACAGCAUUGAUACUUGGAUUGGGGCAGUUUGGUCUUCCCUGCCUAGAGAGAUGAUUAUUAAUAUUAUUGAUGUAUGUUGGGCAGUGUGGGAAAAUAGGAACCAAUUGGUGUUUAAUAACCAUUGCAUGGAUCCGAAACCAUUGGUGGCUAAUGCAUUGCGCUUCUGUUCUGAUUGGCUUGCGGCGAAUGCGCUGCGUGAAACAUCAACUGCAUCUCAUGCUGCCGUCUCCUCCAACAUAUCGUAG